AAGGGAGCAGUCGGUCGGGAGGAGAACGGGACUGGAACACAAAAGACCUCCCGAUGGACGGUCCGUAAAGCAACAGCUUCUUUUGUAUCUAUAUACACUUUAUUUCUUCCGCGAAGAAACCUACACAUUUUUCUAUUUUUCGGAAAGUCAACGCGUCUACCUCAGUUUUACGGAUUGUUUCUUCUUCUCCGCUGCAGGGCUCGUUUUGUACCUUUGGACUCUCGACCAAUCGACGGUGAGCGAUGUCCAGUCUGUCGGCCUGCAGCUGAUCCUCGACCUUUGAUGCACUUUAGCACCUUUCUGGAUCCCAGAGCCCAGAAACCCUGCAGCUGAUGACCAAAGAGAGCGCCGUCACGCCUCCCCGCCGUCGCCCAGAGCCACGCGCCUCCCUCCUCACACAGCACCUCCCUGUGCCUCCUGCCCCCGCAGGACGUCCUGAGAUGUUUCAGAUGUUCGCCAGCGCUCUGUUCGGGGACGAAGAAGAAGAAGAAGAGCUGAGUCUACGCACCCGGAAUGGAGACGGCAAAGAGGAAGAGGACGAUGAAGAAGACUGGAUCCUGGUCAACUACCUGGCUGACGCUCGCUCCGGAUCCACAGCUGGUCCUGAGGAGGAGGAAGAGGAGAAGGAGGAGGAAGAGGAGGACCUGGUGAUGAUCCCCUCCCCCAUGGCCAGCCCCCCGAUCCGCUACGCCUCCUGCACGUCCCUCAACUCCACGGCCGACGGCGGCGAGGAGGAGGAGGAGGAGGAGGAGGGUGGCUUCCUCCGGCUGGACGCCUGCUCCCUGGAGGAGAGCUGGUUCGUCACGCCGCCGCCGUGCUUCACGGGCCGCGGCGUGCAGCCCGUGCUGCUGGAGGCCGGCCCCCUGGAGAACCUGCUGAUCGAGCACCCCAGCAUGUCGGUGUACGCCCACCGCAGCCCCCCCAGGACCGGCCUGGACCCCCUGGACCUGGACCUGGGCCGGUUGCCCGGCAACGCGCACGGCGCCCUGACGCCCUCCCCCGGGAAGGAGAAGGGGAGGCGCACGCUGGACGGGCCUCGACACAGGCCAGAGGUGGCGUCCGUCCCGCGGCGCUCCUCGCUCCACUCGGCGUGCUACGCCGCGGCGCUCUCCUCCCGCUCCUCCGGCCUCCAGCAGCGUGACGGCAACGCCGGCGGCCAUCGCGGCCAACCGCUGAGCCGCAACGCGCUGCGGCGCCUCAACCUGCUGCGGCCGCCCAAGGGAAGCUCCGCCCACCUGCACCAGCCCAGCCAGAGGCACCUCAACUUCUGAGGCUCCUCCUCCUCCUCCUGCCACCUCUGAACUCUACACCAGCAACGUGUCACCAGCCACCAGUUACACCCCGACCUCGAAUCUGAUUGGACGGUGAAUUAGGGAAAGUGGCUUUGUGAUGUUUUUAUUUUUUAUUCUAUCAGCUCAUGUGGCCGGUGGGGUUCCUCCUCUUCCUCCUCUUCGUACUCCUUCAUCCAUUCAUCUUCAUCCUGAUGAAAAGAAAAAGGUCAUCACGUGUCCCACAUCUUCUUCUUCUUCUUCUUCACGGACAACUUAAUGAGUAGAAUCAAUGCUGUAGGUCACUUUACUCGGCGGCAGGUUCAUUGAGCGCGGCGGGUCGUGACGAUGACGUCAUCGCGAUGACGUCACAGCUCGCCGGUAGUGACGUCGUGCGACGCAAUGAGUCAAAACUUUUAAAGGAAAAAUCCCCUCUAAUAGUCCUGUCUUUUUUUCUUUUUUUUUACCUACAAGAUAGCGAGUUCCUACGUUUCCCAGAAGGCCGCAGUGGAAAACGGUUAAUUAAAGGGACGGCGUCAAAGUCGAUGUACGACUCGCUCGUCAAGUCCCGUGAGCUCGAAGACGACGUUUAUAAUGUUUAAGACGUUUAAGACGUCGCUCUACACCAGACUGUUGCAUCAUGGGAGAUGUAGUAUCUAGUGUUUUGGGUGUUUAAACCCCUACAGAUUGUGACUAAAAAGCGGGAUAUAUCGCCCCUUGGUGCUUCGAUAUCGGCCGGCCGAGUCCUCCAACUUUAUGGAUGUUCGUUGCCGUACAAACUUUUUAAAUAUUAAACGUGAAAACCAGCUGGUACCAUCAGUUUGUUUGUUUUAUGACACCUGACACUCUUAGAAACAGAUUGCUGUGUUCCCACAAUGUUGGAGCAUCUCGAUGGGAUGGUUCUGGCCCUUUAAGGAUGGUUCUGCCCACAUUAAGGGUUGUUCUGGCCCUUUAAGGAUAGUUCUGCCCCUUUUUUAGGGUAGUUCUGGCCCUUUAAGGGUUGUUAUGCCCCUUAAGUUGGUAAACGACAUUCGUCCCGCGCCGCCGGCUGAACCUGCCUCCGACUUCGUAAUUCAGUAAUUGUCACAAAUUUUUUUUUUUAAAGAAAAAAAAUAGGAAAACAAAUAAAUACUGGGUUGAAUAUCACUAAAGGCCUUGUUUUAACGGUAGCUUUGAGAUGAAUAGGAAUGUUUAAAAAAGAAAACACAAAAACAAAUGUAUUUAAAAACUUUAAAAACUAUUAAAAAAAUUCAAAAAUAUUUUUUGAAAAGAAAAAAACAAAUUACAUAUCAGUAUGAAGUCGGUAUAUAUGCGUGUUAUCUCUCGUAUGUUUGAUCAUGUUCGUGUGCGAUGUGUUGCAUGCUUGUAGAGUUGUGUUGGAAAACAAAAGAAAAUGAAAAGAGUUUUUAUCCUUUAUUGUUAAAGAGUCUGCGUCCACUUCUCAGGGUCUCAACCGAUCACCUUUACUCUCUAGGAAACAAACAAUGCAGAUUUAUACUUGAUAACUGACGUUUCAUCGCUUUGGUUCAGCUCCGUCCCAGAGAAAAAUGUUUGAGAAAUAAAUUGUACUUUAAAAAAAUGUUGUGUCUUGUUUCGGUCCCACGACUGAAAAAAAAAGAAGUCUGUUUGACUGUUUAAAUCCCAUCGAGAUGGACGGAAACUGUUUUUAAUUGACAUCAGAAAUGCUUUUUAAAUGUACUAUUAUUCUGUUUUUUAACUUAGUUACAUUUUUGCUAAACUGUUAAAAAUAUUUAAACCCAAAAAAAAGUAGCAAUGAUCUUUUUAAUCUUUUCACUAGUUUAUAAAUUUUUUAAUUAUUAUUUUGUAUUCUGUUUAACUCUGAACCGUCCUCGGGGCUCUGGAGAGUCGAGCCGAGGCCGAAGCGCCUCACUGCAGGAGAACUCACGGAAUAAUGAUAUUAACGCAUGUUGGGGAAGUCAAAAUCAUUCAUAAUCUCAUAAUUGUGACUUUAAAAGAUGUUAAAUUUGAUAUUUAUCCUCCUAAUUCUGGCCUGUGAAUUUUUUUACAUUUUUAAUUUUAUUCCUGACUUCAUCAUUUAUCUUCUUUUUUUUUUGUGUGCCAAUAAUUAAAAUAAUGAUUUAGUAUUUUUUUUACAGUGUGGUUUCUGAAUCUCCAGCGUUAUUAAGAAGCUCUGUAAAUAAUAACGUUGUUUUCUAAAGAAAUGUUUUUUUUAAAGAUCAAACUUUCUGACGUGAGCCUUUUGUUUUUUAUUCUUAAUUCAGUUCGUCUCUCCGUCAUCAAGCUAACAGGGAUUUGUCAUGUUUUUGUUUUUGUUGGUUCAAAGCCUCGUAAUCUGUGGAUCUCGUGCCUUCCAGGUAGAAAUGUAAAGACAUCGCAAAGAACUUGAACUCUUUUUUGUUUUGUGUGGACGUCAAGAGUAAAAAAAAAAAAAAGAAACAGAAUCCAGCUAUGCAUAUAUAUAUAUAUAUAUUCUGAGGAAGCGCCCACCAAGCGUAGUUUUUAUUUCAUAACAACAUGAACCAGAAUGAUGUAGCAAAACUCUUUUUCUCUGGUUUGUUUUAAGAAAAAAGAAAAGUGUGAAGAAUAUUUUGUGGCGUUUUAUUUGUAUUAUUUCAUCUUUCACCGCGUUUUAAACACUUUUUUUUUUGGUGUAGUUUACUGGAAUAUUUACAGCACUUUGCCAAAAUUAAUGGAAAAAAAGGUUUAGGAAUUUUAGGGUUAACUUUUUAUUUAUCAACAUAACUGGUCUCCAUCUUUGUUUGUUUUUUGGAUUUAUGAUCAAUUCACUUGUUCUCAUGUAAAAAAAAAAAACUGCAUAAAAGCUAAUUAUCAGUGAGGUCAUCUGUUCUCUUAUAGUUAAUACAUGUAAUCUCAUUAGCCUAAUAAUAAUAAUAAUAAAUGUUUUCACAGCU